AACAAUCAAAAUCGAAAUCGAGGAAGAACAUCAAAAGGGCAGCAGCUAGUUUCUGUCACACCCUUGCAUUUUUAGUGAAAAAAUUCUGUGAAUCCGGCUCGAAAGUGACCCAAAUUGUCCUCCAAGUGUGGUUCAGGUGCAGUGAAACAACGUACGGGUGAAAUUCGUACGAAUUUUGCGUGCUCGAAGUGGAAAUUUGUCGAUUGAAAAUUGUGUUCCUGUUUCACAAUUUGCUUCGUUUCUUUUUCUUUGCUGCCUGGCCUGCUGGCAACCCAGGUGGCAAAGUUGCGGGGUGUUGAACGAAGCAAAUAAAGCAGCAGCGCGUUUGUAGGUGUGAGCUUUGCGUUUAUUGCUGGAAGGUAAUAUUGUAGGAGGGUGACGGUCGUGCAGUUGGGUUUAGUGACUCAUCCAAGGAAGGGGGACAGCUUAAUCAACAAUGGGAACAUUGUCGGAUUUUGGGCAAGUGGCUCUCAAAUGGGACCCGAAAAAUCUGGAGAUACGUACGAUGUCGGUGGAGAAAACACUGGAACCGUUGGUUCUGCAGGUGACUACUCUGGUCAAUACCAAGGGACCAAGCAAGAAGAAGAAAGGUAAAUCCAAGCGCGCUAGCGCAUUGGUUGCGGCCGUCGAGAAAGCCACAGAUAUUUUCAUCGAAAGAGGGGAACAGAUUGCGUAUGAAAAUCCGGAUAUCACCCAAGAGAUGCUAUCGGCAGUGGAUGAAGUGCGCAAGACUGGCUCGCAGAUGAGUAUUGCUGCUCGUGAGUUUUCCGAAGAUCCGUGUAGUUCGUUGAAACGUGGAAAUAUGGUUCGUGCGGCCAGGAAUUUGCUGUCGGCCGUCACACGCUUGCUGAUCCUGGCCGACAUGGUCGAUGUGCAUCUGUUGUUGAAGUCGUUGCACGUUGUUGAGGAUGAUCUGGAUAAACUGCGCAAUGCAUCCUCGCAGGACGAGCUGAUGAAUAACAUGCGCCAGUUUGGUCGGAAUGCUAAUGAACUAAUCAAACAGGCAGCCAAACGGCAACAGGAGCUGAAGGAUCCUCAGCUGCGGGAUGAUUUGGCCGCAGCUCGGGCUGUGUUGAAGAAACAUUCAACGAUGCUGUUGACUGCUUCCAAAGUUUAUGUGCGCCACCCGGAACUGGAUCUGGCCAAGGUUAACCGGGAUCACAUUUUGAAGCAGGUUUGCGAGGCCGUCAACACAAUCAGCGAUGUUGCGCAGGGCAAGGCAACAUCUCCUCAGGAUAUUUACGUGGGAGCCGGGGAGCUAGCCGCAGCUUUGGAUGAUUUUGACGAGGGAAUCAUAAUGGAUCCACUCGCGUACAAUGAGGUGCGUUCUAGACCUUCAUUGGAGGAGCGCUUGGAGAGUAUAAUCAGUGCGGCUGCUUUGAUGGCUGAUGCGGACUGUACCCGGGAUGAGCGCCGCGAGAGAAUCGUUGCCGAGUGUAAUGCCGUGCGACAGGCGUUGCAAGAUUUGCUGUCGGAGUACAUGUCUAAUAUGGGAACCAAGGAGCGUACUCCGGAGCUAGAGCGAGCUAUCGGGCAGAUGUACCGUAAGACUAAGGAUCUUCGUCGACAGCUGCGCAAAGCGGUCGUGGAUCAUGUUUCGGAUUCGUUUCUGGAAACAAAUAUGCCACUGCUGGAUCUGAUCGAUUCUGCCCGUUCUGGCAACGAGAAGAAAGUUCACGAGAGAGCGGAAACGUUCACGAAACACGCGGAGAAAUUGGUCGAAGUGGCCAAUUUAGUUUGCAGCAUGUCGAACAAUGAGGACGGCGUUAAGAUGGUUCGUUAUGCGGCUGCCCAGAUCGAAACACUGUGCCCUCAGGUCAUCAAUGCCGCGUUGAUACUUUGCGCACGACCCAACUCGAAGGUCGCACAGGAAAAUAUGGAAGCUUACCGGCAGGCCUGGGAGAACCAGGUGCGUAUACUAACUGAGGCAGUCGAUGACAUUACAACGAUCGAUGACUUCCUGGCCGUUUCCGAGAAUCACAUUCUGGAAGAUGUGAACAAAUGCGUACUGGCACUACAGGAAGGCGAUGCGUUGGAUUUACGAAACACUGCGGGCGCUAUCCAGGGACGAUCGGCUCGCGUCUGCAAUGUGGUCGAAGCUGAAAUGGAUAAUUACGAGCCGUGUAUCUACACUAAGCGGGUGCUGGAAGCGGUCAAGGUUUUGCGUGAUCAGGUGAUGUCCAAAUUUGCCCAGCGGGUCGACGUUGCCGUCGAUGCGCUUUCUUCGAACUCGGCCAAGGAUGUGGAUGAGAAUGACUUUAUCGAUGCGAGCCGGCUUGUGUACGAUGGUGUACGCGAGAUACGGCGAGCUGUGCUGAUGAAUAGGAGCUCCGAUGAAUUGGAUACUGACACCGAAUUCGAACCCGUUGAAGAUAUGACGGUUGAGACGAGAAGUAGAUCAAGCGCACACACAGGCGAUCAAACCAUUGACGAGUAUCCGGAUAUUAGUGGAAUUACCACAGCUAGAGAAGCGAUGCGCAAGAUGAACGAGGAGGAUAAGCAGAAGAUCAUGCAACAGGUCGAGUUGUUCCGUCGGGAGAAACUUACGUUCGAUUCGGAAGUGGCCAAAUGGGACGACACCGGCAACGAUAUCAUCUAUCUAGCCAAGCACAUGUGUAUGAUCAUGAUGGAGAUGACGGACUUCACACGUGGUCGUGGUCCGCUCAAAACAACCAUGGAUGUGAUCAACGCGGCCAAAAAGAUCUCCGAGGCGGGCACCAAGCUGGACAAGCUGACUCGCGAGAUCGCCGACCAGUGUCCGGAGAGUUCGACCAAGAAGGAUCUGCUGGCUUACCUGCAGCGUAUCGCACUGUACUGCCACCAGAUUCAGAUCACGUCCAAAGUGAAGGCCGACGUGCAAAACAUCAGCGGCGAGCUGAUCGUUUCCGGGGUAAUUCUGGACAGUGCCACCUCGCUCAUACAGGCGGCCAAGAAUCUGAUGAAUGCCGUGGUUUACACGGUCAAAUACUCCUACGUUGCCUCCACCAAAUACACCCGACAGGGAACGGUUUCGUCGCCGAUCGUAGUCUGGAAAAUGAAAGCCCCCGAGAAGAAACCGCUGGUUCGCCCGGAAAAACCGGAGGAGGUCCGUGCCAAGGUUCGACGCGCCUCACAGAAGAAAGCACAAAAUCCCGUACAUGCACUCUCGGAGUUCCAGAGCCCGACGGAUGCGGUCUAAGAUGUAUCGGUUAAUGGUAGUAGUAGUACAGUGUAAUAGAACAUAUAAUAUGAUACGAAAAUACGCGUACCACCCUAAAGUUUAACUUUUUUACUCUCGUCGGUUGAGUAUUGGCAGAAAUAUGAAAUAGAAGUCAGAUGUAAGAAUCUAUUCCAAAUAUAAAUUUUAUUUAUGCUUUUUACUAUAUUUUUACUGCCUGUUUUAUCGAGUACAGCGGGAUGGCCGGAAGGAAAGAUUAUGUACUUUAAGGUUAUAUCUGUAUCGAAAAGAAAAACAACACUGCACUAGAGUUUAGCUCUCAGAAUUAUGCAUCCCCGUUUUUAGCAAGUGCGUAUUAGAAUGUCAACGGGUUUAAUCAUUUUUAUUUCUCAUUGCAUAUUUAUAUUUAUUUCUCUUACCCUGCAGUGAAUCUUGUACCAGCAUUGGUGUUGAUCAGUAUUCUAAGAAAUCUAAACAUAACAUCGAUAGUCCCUAAACGACGGCGGAGUGAAUCUUUCCAGAAUGAUGCAUUUUAAUGUUGAAAAAUUUGCCGAAUUUAUCUGCUAAUGCAAUGAACUAUAUUAAUAAACGUGGAAAACUAGACGAAACAAAAAAGACAGCAGAAGCUCAACUAUUAAUCUAUAACCAAGCAGCGUUUCAAUGUUAUAAAGUAUGAACAAACAAAAAAGCUGAAGUAAACGGUUAAUUUUAACUCUGAAAUUGCACACAAUUGAAGCAUAUUUAAUAAUGAAAGACAUAUGUAAUAUCUCAAAA